UACAACCCUGUGGCUGUCUUCAUUUUGUUUUUGUACUUCUUAUUUGAAAUAUUUGUUUGAAAUUUAUUGAAGACAAACAACAAGCAAUUGGGAUUAAUUGCUGUAUUUGUCAUUACAGAGCUCGGUAAUGAAAUUAAAAUUCAAUAGAUUGAGUGGAAAUACAUAUUUUUGCGCGUUUAUCAAUUGAGUCCUUGUUAUUUGGAGCGUUUUCUUAAUAGUUUGCCCACAUAAUUUAUAUUAACAAUGGGUGACUACAAGCAACUCAAUAAGGAGCUUGUUGAUGCUAAUAGAGAAUUAAAACAAACCAUUGCUAUAUAUCAAAAGGAAUUGGUUUUAAUACGUGCGGAGUUAAUGGAUCAACAUCGUUUACGUGUUGAGACGGAACGUGAAUAUCGCGAUCGUGUACUCGCAUUACUAGCGCAGAAUUUCCUGACAUCAGUACGUGAAAUCGAUGCUAACGUAAAUGUGCCAGAAUUAAUAGGUUUUAACAAUAAUACACAAACUUCGAAUUAUACCAAUGGCAUAAGUGCUAUAAGUGAUAGCAGAAACUCCAGACGUAGAAGCACACAUUUGGUCCGAGAAUUUCGACGUUCCAGUGCAGUAUGCGGCCAAAAUAGUAUACGUAUGUCACCAACACGACGACCCUACGAAGACCAUGCUAUAAUUGAGCAAACUGAAACCAGUAAAUUAGAGGAAUCUUGCGAUAGUGAUAUGGAUUUGGAAAACUCAAUAGUUCAAAACAAUGUAAUUGAGGUGGAAAACGAAGAGAGUUAUGAAAAUGCAGAUUUGCAUUGCAUAAAAGAAGCAAAUGAAGAGGAAUAUGAAGAAAAUAUGGGUGAUAGAAUGUGUACUGUAGUGGAGAAGAGUAAUAGGCAACCAAUCAGAGAUAUAUCCAAUAUUGAUAUGGAGCAAGUCGAACAUAAAGGAUCGUAUGUAACAAAACGUGGGAAACAGCGCAAAGGUUACAAUAACAACGAAAAUUCUAUACAAGUUGCGCGCAAUGUUGAAGAUGAUGACAUGGAACUGGAGGAUGACUUGAUACAUGCGCUGAAUCGUUCGUUACAUGUUUCGGACAAAACAACAAUGGAUAAUAAUGCAGCGCGAAAACCGUUGGAUGAAGAAUGUUUUAAACGCCAACUCGUGGUGAAAAUAAAACGCUUACAUGAACCAGAACACGCUGUGGUACAUUUUAGCGCUGAAGAUAACACAAUUAUACCGGAGGAACACGAGUUAUCAGUGGAAAACAGAAGAAAUAAUGAGCUAAGUUUGGGUAUAACGCAAUUUUCUAUGGGUAAUUUCUUGGAAGCAUCCUGCAGUACACCAUGCAAUAGCAUGAAAGCAGCCAAGGAAGAUGCAACGCAUGAUGAAACCAGUGAUGCAUCCUCAUACAGUUUCGCAACAAGUCAGUGUAUGCGCCCAUCACGCAGAUGUGCGCCAACAACACUAGCAGAACCCAAUUUGAGAGUAAAACUACGCAAUGAUAGUGGUAAAAGAACGAAGAAGCGUUAAAUAAAUAGUAUUUAGUCAUUACACAGUUUCGUAAGCUACUUUUAAUGUUAUUAUAGCGAAAUAAUCAUUUGGUACACUGUAGUAUUUAUAUUUCCAAUUAGUUUGUUCCUUUUUACUUUUUUAAUAAUAAAAGAAAUGUGAAAAGCUGUUACUGGCGAUGUAAGGCGUACAUGCACAUAA